GCGGCGAGAAGCAACUUGUGAAAGUAAAGUGUGAAAGUAGCGUAAAAAGGAAGAGAAUCACACUUGAGCGCGGCAACGCAUCUCAAAGUUGACCUUUGUAGAUUUAGUAAGCAACAGCAACGGGGUUUGCCGCUGCAGGUAGUCAAAUGCGGGCACCUGCACAGAGGAAGAUCCCGCAGCAGCGGCGGCGAAGAAAGAUGCUUAGCCGGAAGCUGAUGCCCCGACUCAGGCGAGCAUUGCAAGCCGGUCGGGUAGUCAAGCCAUUACGUGACCCACAUCCAUGGACUGUAACACCGAUGGAGCCGAGCGCCGUUGGCACCCUGUCGGUGACAUCCAGAUCCAAUGCCAGCGUUUCAGCACGUGCAGCAAGGCAGGGCAGCCUGUUCCCAACAGCGAGCGGAGGGGAGUCUGGAGAGAAAACCACCAUGGAUGGGGAUUUCGAAGAAGGCCGGGACGUUUCGGAAGAUGGUCAAGAAUGGAGUGAUGGUUUGUCUCGGCAGGAGAAACGAAAGGAACGGCGCAGGACGCCUGUCGCCAGAUCGAUUCAGCCUGCAUUCGAAGAGUACGAAUCAUCGGAGGGAGGUGACGACAGUAGCAACAGCGAUGGUGACAGUGAGGACGCCGCUCUGGAGGGUGCGUCUAGUGACGAGGAUGUGCCUGGCAGCGGCGACAGCUCCACGUCUUGCGAAAGUGACAAUGCGGAUGUGUGCAGUCAGAGGGAAGUGCACAGACUGCUGCUGCAAUCGCAAAAUUUGCUGCAGGAUUACGAAGAUGGCAGCCAAGAAGGUAGCGUUGAUGAGCAGGUGAACAGCGAGGAAGACAACAGAAACAACAAUACUUUCAGGGUGUUCAUGGCAGCGGAUCGUGUGGUCGUUGUGAUUCGGCACCCAGCCGCGGUGCGGCUCACAGGGCGCGCGCAGCUGCGUGUCCUGCAUGGCAUUGUCGACAUCGAGGGCCACGUGGUGAUAGGCGGGCCUGUGGCUGCGAGGAUCCGGCCCGACAGCUGCAUCAUCCAUUCGGGCUUUCCUCAAGGCUCUGCACACGUGAGGCCCCUCCCGCUGGAGGUCCCCAGGGGCGGCGGCAAGGCCACGCACUUGCGCCGGACACUUGCUCGGCUGGGCAUGGAUGAUGCGUGGACCCAACUCCGGCCGCUGCUCGCCCACGGGACCGCGGUCAUGCUACUCGAGAAGGUGAGACAGCGCGGCAGGCGCGCGCACACAUUCGUAAAUGGAGAUGGGUAAAUGCAUGCAGGGGGU